GGCGAUUAGAGAUGACGUCAGGCCGCUAAACAGCGCCGUGUUGUCAGCUGUGCUGGGGAAAAACGACAGAAAAGAAACAGUCUUGUGUGUGUGUGUGUUCUUGGCUGUUUCGUUAACGUUUUCAAACACUUCGCUCUGGUCACCGAAAAGAUGCGAGCGGUCGUUCCGUAAACUAGAGCCUCGCCGAAACCGACGCCGGGAUAACGGAACCUGCUCAGGUGGCAGCAGGUGACGCCACCAUGAACGUGGGUACGGCACACAGCGAGGUGAACCCCAACACGCGCGUGAUGAACAGCCGCGGCAUGUGGCUGUCGUACAUCCUGGGCAUCGGCCUGUUGCACGUCAUCCUGCUCAGCAUCCCUUUCGCCAGCGUGCCCGUGGUGUGGACCCUCACCAAUCUGAUUCACAACCUGUGCAUGUACCUACUCCUGCACACCGUCAAAGGGACGCCCUUCGAGACCCCCGACCAGGGCAAGGCCCGCCUGCUCACGCACUGGGAGCAGAUGGAUUACGGCGUGCAGUUCACCGCCUCGCGCAAGUUCCUCACCAUCACCCCCAUCGUCCUGUACAUCCUCACCAGCUUUUACACCAAAUACGACCGCGUGCACUUUGUGGUCAACACGGUGUCGCUGCUCACCGUGCUCAUUCCCAAGCUGCCGCAACUGCACGGCGUCCGCCUCUUCGGGAUCAAUAAGUACUGAUCGGGUUGGGGCCCCAGAAGAGACGCACGCCUCCACAGAGGACAACGCGUGGCUAUGUUUUUUGACUUUAAGACUGAAAAGCGUUCAGAUGGGAUUAGAUGCUAGUUAGCGUUUCUCCGAUGAGCCGGGAGAAGUUUAGGGGGGGGUCCACGUCUCAGCAUGAUCAGUGUGUGGGUCCGCAGCGACGGCCGCUUUUGUAGCAUUUCAUGUUGAUACUUCAUAUUUAUUAUUCUUGUUCUUGUUUAUUCCGGCGUAUCCGCUGUCGCCAUUAAAAGGGCUGAAAUGGUUUGAUUUUAAGGGAAGUUGUUAACUAGUUGUCUUGUGAUCUUGUAUAUAUAAACAAAUAUAUAUAUCUACAGUAUUUUUCAAACUCA